GGGAUAUCUAUCCGGUUGCCAAUGGUUGCCUCACGGGCUCCGCGUGUUCCCGUUUGGCCAUUGGGGCUAGGUGAUUCUGUGUCUAGUGGCGAAAGACGCGUCACUCGAAAGUCUCGAUUGGUAUCCAUUGCCCCUUGGAAAUGGGCCUCUGAGAUGAGUCCUACUUCCAGUGGCAUGAUGGACCUGAAGUCCCAUAGGGUGCCGUGCUUUCAGCUGAUCUCUCACAUCUGCAGACGAAUAAUCCCGCAUCAACCCCCGCUCAGGUGCAGGGUUUGUCUUCAGUAACAUGCUUUUCUGGACGGAGAUGAUAGGGUAUCCGUUCUGUGCCCCGGCCGUGGCAGAUACAAAUCGUGAUGCGAGGAAUUCUGACUCCUCGGGCUGAAGCUGGACUUCUUCCUGCGGAGAAUUCUCACUUCGCCGUCUCGAGUGAUGAUGAGCGCGAGACUUUUGGAGGGAAAUUAAUCUCCUGGAAAUUAGCGAAUGAGGGCACGACGGUUCCGGGACUCCGUCUGUCCGACACUCCUCGGUUGGCACUCCAUGACUGUGCCUUCUCCUUUCCAUGACACGAAGCUACUGGACUAUACGACUCGGGUUGUCUAAGCCAUUGGGGAGUGCGGAUCCACGGCGAGAUACCUUUUGCCAACUCAGCAGCCCGGCUGACGGCCGCAAAAAGAUGCAAUAGCGUUCACACUCAUCUGUGCACCCUGACGGGGGUGCAGCCUUGUCCAUCGCCGGUUGGGAUUUGCCACCCUCCAAUCUUCGGACGAGCUGUCUUACUUGGAGACUCCUAAGCCUGUAUUGGGUGUGGCAAUUAUACUUUGAGCAACUAGGAUCAGGCCGAACAAUAUCGAUCGCUGAUGCUACCCAACGGGUGGAAUUAUGUGCAAUUGACCUGUCUGGAUGGCAAUCUUUGCUCUUCCCCCAGCACAUUGUGGUGCUAGGUUCUCCGUCGACGUUGAAAUUGAGAUACAUGACCCACAUAGGUACACGGUCCACCAUGCUGGGCUCUUCCGGUCCCGUGACCGCGCACUCACCAGCGCCCUCUGCGCAGUUACGCACCAUGUGUUUCCCAACGACAAAUGGCAAGAGCCCGUCCGACCUUGGGAAAAUUAAAGUAGGAGGGCCCUCGACUGCAACCCGAGCUACCCAUUCGGAUUGGCUGGUGGGUCGAUUGAAGCUAGAUGGCUAUCGGCAAACCACAGCCAAUGGAGUUAUUAGAUCGACGACGAUGUAUCUGCAGCUAAGGCAGAUCCCUGUCCGCUGGAUUUGUGGGCUGAUGAGCUCAUGUGCAAGGGCUUACAGUCCCGCGACGGGAGGAUCAGGCGGGUCCUCGCAGCUGCAAGUUGACAGCUGCCCACAUCCAUCCUGCGGUCUUCAUGCUCGGGGCUCCAUUGCCGUGCAUGUCUGUGGACGCACCCUGGCGCAAGCCACACCAUUCGAGAAAUCGACACAACGCAUUCUGUCAUUGCCUGAUGCAGUGCGAUUCUCCUGGGUCAUGGACCAGUCCGGGUGCGUGAUCCGGCUCCAUCAUUUCCCCAGCAUGAGACAUACAGCCUAAUCUCCUUCUAUCCCCGCCUUGGCCCGCCACUCGUGC